CCUGACCGAGCGCUGACACCCAAAGACAUGUAUACCUUUGCGUCGAAAUCUCCUCAGACCAACGGCAACCAUAAUGUCGUCGACCUCACAAACGCCUCAUCGCCAUCGCCUCGAAGAUCUAUGAAGUCAUCUGGAAUCAAUCCGCAUACUGGCGCCAAGAAGCUCGUGGUGAAGAACCUCAAGACCAAUACUGGCUGGGACAGCAAGGCAUAUCUGGAGAAGAUAUGGGGUCAGCUGGACGAAGCGUUGGCACGCAUAUUCAAAGAUGAACUCAACGGCUUCAGCAAGGAAGAUCUAUACCGAGGUGCCGAGAAUGUAUGCAGACAAGGUGGAGCUUCAACGUUGUUCUCGAGGUUGGAUAAGAGGUGCACGGAGCAUGUCGAGCGUGACAUCAGAGACAAGUUGCUGGUGAUAGCCAGCUCAGACAACGUUACAGUGCUGAAAGCAGUCCUUGCAGAAUGGGCACGAUGGGUCCAACAGAUGACGACCAUCCGUGCCAUCUUCUUCUUUCUGGAUCGUUCCUACUUACUGUCGUCAAGCAAGCCAACACUCGAUCAGUAUACUCCUCAGAUCUUCCGACAGACAGUGUUUCGCAACCAGGCCUUGACAGGGAAGAUUAUCGAUGGAGCGUGCGAUCUUGUGGCUGCAGACAGGACCAGCGCGCAAUCACUGGACCAAUCUCUGUUCAAGCAGACUGUCGACAUGUUCCACGCACUCCAAGUAUACACAUCCUCGUUCGAAGCCCGCUUUUUGGCCAUCAGUCAACAGUUUGUUGCGGAGCAAUCAGACCAUGUGAUCGUGGAUAAGAGCGUUCCAGAGUAUGUUGCAUGGGCCGAUCAAUUAAUCGCUCAGGAGAUGCAGCGAUGUGAGGACUUUGACCUCGACAGCAGUACUCGCCGAGAACUGCUUACUCUACUGGAAGAUCAUCUCGUGCAGCGAAAGGAUACCGAUCUGACUGAAGUCGAAGCAUUAGGCCCGUUACUGGACAAGAACGCAACCUCAGAUCUUGCAGCUCUCUAUGCUUUGCUCAACCGCAGGAAACUUGGACAUCGACUUCGGCCGGCUUUUGAGAUUUGGGUCAACGACACCGGUACAAAUAUCGUGCUCGGCAAGGAAGACGACAUGAUUAUAAGUCUUCUAUCUUUGAAGCGCAGACUUGACUCAAUAUGGAAGACUGCUUUCCAGCGUGAUGAGAGCUUGGGUCAUGGGCUCCGUGAAAGCUUCGAGACGUUCAUGAACAAGACGAAGAAGGGCGAUGCCACGUGGGGCACUGACAACACGAAAGUGGGUGAGAUGAUUGCCAAGUAUGUCGAUCAAUUGCUGCGUGGUGGUGCAAAAGCAAUUCCCGACGUUCUUACGGCACGAGGAUCUUCGAGCAUUACUGCACCGAUGGGCGAAGCGCUCGCUGCUGCGGAGGAAGACAACGAAGACGCCGAAGUUGACGAAGAUGCUGAGAUUAAUAUUCAGCUUGAUCAGGUCUUGGAUCUCUUCCGAUUUGUACACGGCAAGGCUGUGUUUGAGGCCUUUUACAAGAAAGAUCUUGCUCGAAGAUUACUCAUGGGACGAAGCGCAUCAGCCGAUGCAGAGCGUAGUAUGCUCACGCGGCUGAAGACCGAGUGCGGUAGUGGGUUUACGCAGAAUCUCGAGCAAAUGUUCAAAGAUGUGGAGCUUGGUAGAGAGGAGAUGCAAUCGUAUAAGCAACGAAUGGAGGAGCGUCCAUCGUACGAGAAGGGGAAGAGUAUGGAUUUGAGUGUCAACAUUUUGUCCGCCGCCGCAUGGCCGUCAUACCCUGACAUCCCUGUCCAGAUCCCAAUGAGCGUCAAGAAGGCCAUCGACGACUUUGAGCUGUACUACAAGAGCAAGCACACUGGUAGGAAACUGGACUGGAAGCACGCACUUGCUCAUUGUCAAAUGAAGGCCACAUUUGGCAGAGGUAGCAAGGAAUUGGUGGUAUCCAGUUUCCAAGCCAUCGUGCUUUUGCUCUUCAACGGAUUAGGAGAGGAUGAAAAGCUGCCUUACCAGCACAUUCUCUCCGAGACUGGGCUUCCCGAACUCGAAGUCAAACGCACCCUUCAAAGUCUCGCCUGCGCCAAAUUGCGACCUCUAACCAAGCACCCCAAAGGCAGAGACAUCAACGAAUCAGACACCUUCUCCAUCAAUUUGAACUUCGAACAUCCCAAAUACCGCGUCAAGAUCAAUCAAGUUCAACUCAAAGAAACCAAAGAAGAAAACAAGGAAACGCACAUGCGUGUGGCCGAAGAUCGAAACUUUGAAUGCCAAGCCGCGAUCGUGCGGAUCAUGAAGAGUCGGAAAACGAUCUCCCACACCGAACUCGUAUCGGAAGUCAUCAAAGCUACCAUGAGCAGAGGUGUCUUGGCUGUUGCAGACAUCAAGAAGAAUAUCGAUCGUCUCAUAGAGAAGGAUUACAUGGAGCGCGAGGAGGGCAACAUGUACUCUUACAUUGCAUGAAGUAGACAAGCCAGCCAGCAUCACGAUUCAGAAUAGAAAGAACAUCGAUUCAUG